CUUGAUAAAGAAUGAACUGAUUUUCAAGAGAAAAAAUGAAUUGUCAUCAAAUAUUAAGUGGAGCUUGUAAUGCAGGUGAUCGCUGCUACGCUGUAGGCUCUGUCGAAGGGAUUUCUUUUACCGCAUAUGCGGCAGGUUGUAACAUAGUAAUCCUUGCCAGUAAUUUUGAACGAGUUCAAAUAAUUCCAGGAGCUGUGCAUAAUUAUAUAAGGAUUAGUUGCUUGGAUUGCAGCACAGAUACAGGAAAAAUUGCUGCAGCUUAUGAAAAUCAAGUUUGCAUUUUUGAGCCUACGCCACUUAUACAUAGCGCGUGUUCUCAUCAAUUGGAAUAUCGAUGGGUUCAAACUGGUAGCCUCACGACCGAAUCGAACAUUAGCUCUCUAUCGUGGAAUUUGGAAGGAACAAGAUUGUUAACCGGUGGAGAACUUCUACAAUUAUGGCACCAAAAUAUAACCCCAUUUCAAGAAGAGCAUACUGGUACAGUUACUUUCUCGAUUGGCGGAGAAGCGGAAAGCCCAGCACCUGGAGAUUCAAAUACUGGCAAUGAACCAGGAGCAUGGAAUUGUGUUUGGAAAUGUCGCACGGCUACACCUGUACAUCUGAUGAGUUUCAGUCCAGACGGUACAUUAUUCGCGACAACAGGAUUCAACGAUAGAUUAGUGAAGAUAUGGUUCGAGAAUAAACAAUGUAAGAUUCUGUUUGCUACACGAAAUAUGGAUCACACGAAUGUCACGCAAUCUAUGGGUACUGACAGUUAUAGCUUUGUCUAUAUUGCUCAUCCUCGUGCAGUGACACACUUGUCUUGGCGCAAAACUAGUAAAUAUAUGCCAAAAGGAUCUGUCUCCAAUAUGUUGGUCACAUCUUGUAGAGACAAUAUUUGCCGUGUAUGGGCAGAAACGAUACCACCGGAAGUUGAAGGUUUAGCUAAUAUGAGUCAGUUCGAAGGUUCUGACAGGCACGGUCAUCAUGGAAAACAUCGGCAUCACAAUAUGCACAAACAUCGAUUCAUGCAACGGCUGAAGCACAUGAAAACCUGUUUCCAUAUUCGUCGACACGCAAAACAGCAACAUCAAGCAGGCCACGCGACAGCUCCAACUUUACCAACUUUACCUUCCACGUAUUCGGUUCAUGAUUUUCACAAUAAUUACCAAGGGACGGGUCAUUAUCCAGGAAUGCAUUUUCAUUUGGCAGCUAGUAUCAAUGCCGAGACCGAUAUACCAUUGGUGCCAAGCUUAAUUACCGGAGAUCCUGAAAGGGAGCCAAAUUUUAUUCUACACUGGUUGAACAAUAAAGAAAUGCAUUUUACGAUGCAAGCAGAAAGCACUUUGCAAGAACUUACUCGUAAAGUGAUAGAGAAGGAGGAAGGAUUGCAUCAACAACAGCAGGAUGUCGAUCACGCAGAGCACGAUUCCGAAGAAGAAGGCCUAUCGAAAAAAGGAGUGAAAUUGCAACCUGUGCAAAAAACGGGAGGUACGGUUCGAUCAAUGAGCCAAGAGGAUCAUAGCAGCGACGAGCAUCACACGACUCAUACGGUUUCGUCGCAUCAUAGUUUACCACAUAGCGCACAUUCUCACCAAAGUCUUAGUAAUACAGCGUCGAUUAAUUCCAUUGCAACGGAUGUAACGCCUUCGAUAAAUCAUGCUCCGGACUCUUUGGAUACGAAAAUAGAGACGUUAUUGCGAGAUUGGCAUCAUAAUCCGGAUUUACUCUUUUCGAUUCAUCCGAUAGACGGAAGCUUUUUAAUUUGGCAUAUCGAAUGGUUGGACGAAUAUCAUCCAGGAUCAUUUCGACAAGCGCAAAUAUCAUUUUCCACACGAAUACCAAACGCGUUUCCUCUUGGUGACGCUUCAACAAUGAGUCACAGCGUAUCGAUGUACUCUCACAAUACCGGUGGUCCUUUGUUAAACAUACGGGAAGUGGCAAAAUCAUCUACGAAACCAUCGAACGAAGGUGGUGAAGUGGCGACGCCAUUACCAAGUCUGAUCGAGCAGGACGAAGAACAGUCGACGUUAACGUCAAGAACGGGCCAGGAACUGUUAAAAAAUAUCGAGAGUACGACCGAUCCGAAUCAUAGUGGCGCAAAGGAAAGAGACGGCGGUCAUUUGGAAAGUGGAAAAGCGAAUCAAGAAACGGUGAACGAUUUGUUGACUCAUCCAAGCCCAAUUGUCUCUAUGGUGUCGAAGCAUUCGAACGGAACUCUAAAUUUAUGGCAACUAACGUUUGCCGAUAAAACGAAAUUUUCCCAGGUGCUAAGUAUCGGACACGCGGCAAGGGCUUCGGGACAUCGGUUCCGCGUGAACGAUAUUACUUGUCAUCCGGUAUUGCCUUUAUUGGUGACAACAUCGCAUCACAAUAUACCGGAGUCCGGAUCAUCGUCUCAGUGUCAGAACUCUGAUUCGAGUGAAAAUAUGAACAACAAAUCUGAUUCCAGUAAAGCAACGGCAAAAGAUGUCUCCCCUACUGGAUUCUGCAGCGAAUUGAUACUUUGGCGUGUGGACACAGUUGGGCUAGUAUCAGAAUUGGCGCGUAUUAAUUCGCCAGAAAUUUCAGCGUUCAGUAACGUAGCUUGGAUUCCAACUCUUUUACCAAGCACUACCUUAGGUAAUUUAUCGAAUUCUCCAAGCGCAUGUUUCGUCGCCAGCGACGGCGAAUGUUUGAGGGUUUAUCAAGCUGUUAUCGACGCUAGAACGCUGUUAGCGGAAGUGUCGAUUAGCGAAAGACGAAGCAGAAUGAUGGUAAGCGAUUCCAUGGCUAGUAUCUCGACAGACAUGUCAUCGGACGAUGGGAUCAGGCAUUCGAUCCACGAUAGAAUAAAGAUAGUGUCUCAACAGUCGACGGCCAGACCAGGCUGCGUUAUACAGUUGGACGCUAUUGCCGAUGCUACUCACGAUUGGCAAAAUACACAAUUCCUACACGUGUUUCAAGAGCAACUAAUCACGGGAGAUAGAAACGAUGAAAAACAAGCCGGUGUAGAUACAUCGGUGAAUGAUUUAGGUUUAAUGGAGUCUACCUUGGAUGCUAUGGUAGAUCUGCAACAAUCGACGAUAUUCGAAGAACCAUUUUACAUAGUUGUUUUAGAAAGGACGCAGCAAGGUACAACGCUGCACAUGUGGCGUUUGGUGAUAGCCUCUCAGCCUGAGACUACCGUAUUGUCGGAAUCAAUGAUGUACGUGCCGGAUUCUCACUUGGUACAAGACGAGGACGAGGAAGGAACGCCUGGACGAAGCACUCAUCCAGAAGGUAGAAGAUCUCGAAGAGCGAGUCAAACGCGUCACGAGAGCCAAAGCGAGUUUGAUAUGUUUUACCAAAGACGGCCUCAAAAUAGUCACGUUCUUAUCACAACUACGAAAGUGUGCACCCAGGAAUUACCAUUGCCGGACGGAGUUGAGGUAAUACACGCUGCACCAGCCGCUGGACACUUGAGCAGCUCUUCCAUAUAUCCUGCUUGUUUCGCGCCAUACAUCGUAGUAACUGCAUGCAGCGAUAGUACGAUACGCUUUUGGAAAUGCAAAGUGACGAAAGGUGAACCGGAUGAGAAACUGCAAUACGAAUGGUGCGAAUGGGAAAUGAUACGGAAAGAUCAGGAAUCAACGAUCGACAUUACAGGGCAACCGUUAAAUAUAAGCGCUGCGUACAGUGGACGUAUCGCGUGCGCGUACAAGUACGGAAAAUCAUUUACGCGACCUACCAAAAACGAUCCCGACUCUCGAUACGUGAAUCUAUGCGUCGCUAUAUACGAAUGCGAGAGCACAGGCGGUAGUGAAUGGAUUUUAGAAGAUACUAUACACCUGAAGAAUAUACAUUUGCCGAGAAUUCCGGUGGAUCAGCACUUGGAUCUGAGUUAUCUGUACGACAGUAGGUUUUUGCAAAAGAAACAGAGGCUCACUCAAGUUUUGCAGACGCUCAGUCACGAAGAUGUUAGAUCACCGAGAAACGGUGAAAACGGGGAAAGGAACGAGUUGUUGUCUGAUUCGAAACGAUUGUCCACAGGCUUGUUGGCAGUUCCAUCGUUUAGCACGCUUCAAUCGCUACGAAAGUCGAUCAUAGAGAAUGGCAACACGUGCCCGCUCACGCAAAAACAUUUAGUUCAGUUGGAUUGGGUCUCGAAGGAAGAUGGUUCUCACAUUUUGACCGUAGCCGUUGGAUCGAAGAUCAUGCUGUUCACGCCGGUGUGCUCGGAUCUUGCGCAAGCGAACAUGAAAGCGAUGAAAGAAUCGCAGAGCAAUAAUCGGCCGAUAUUGCGGAAAGCCUCGUCGCUGGCGCAGCCGCAAUUCGUCGACGAGAUUCGUUGGAUGAAACUGCGAAAAAUCGAAUUGACUACGGCGGAUGGUCUGCCUCCGUUGCCCAUGCAAAUAUCCUGGGUAAGGGAUGGGAUUUUAGUGGUCGGCAUGGACUCUGAGAUGCACGUGUACUCGCAAUGGAAGCCGAACCCGAAGAAAGAUUGUUUCCACUCGAACUUACAGCAUCAAGAAUCAGACGAGUUUCAAGCUAGUCGAAACUUGCGAGACGAAGAUCUACGAACGUUGGCACACGAGACUUCGCAGAGACGGCUGGCGAACGUAUCCUCCAUGCCCCAUCUAUCCCGCGUGAGCAGUAUUAAUUUAACGAUGCUCGACGCUAAGAAGAAGCGAGGUAUGCAAAACGAGAACUUGAACUUUGACUACAUGCCGGACUAUGGGCUAUUCGAGGCCUCGAGGAUCGCUUGUCCCGUUCUGCCCCAAUAUCAUCCGAAACAGCUGAUGGAGUUGCUAAACUCUGGGAAAAUUCGCUGGGUAAAGUCUAUAUUGGCGCAUCUGGUCAGAUGCAUAGGGAGUUCUUGUUCGUUAAGGGCGGACGACGAGAGCCUGAUGAAGCAACGGGGCGGAGGAUGGUCGCGUUCGAGAACGAUGUCGGUUAGUUACGUAGGCACAACGUCACCCCUCGAGCCAAGGGGUUCGACCACGCAAAUACCGGAGGAGCUUACGCUCGAUUACGCGGAAAUUACGUCGAUAUCGCCGUUACCCCUUUGGACCUUGCUGAUAGCGGACAAGGAAACGAACGUGCCGCAUCAGCACAAAAACACCGAUGACAAGCAAGAUUACAACGAAUUGUUCGACAACAAUUUGGACGAAGGUGAGUCGCUGGACGACAUGCUGGAAGAGGAUUACGAUUGUUCGCGGCAGAAAGACAGACGAUCGUCUGUACCGGAGAGACAGGGGAUAUCUCAUUUCGGACCGAGACAAGGCAGAUUAUUGUCGCGAUUGCUAACGCAUACCCACUUGCCCGGCUUGUCCAGCCUCGACCAGAUGCAUUUGCUAGCUUUGGCCGACACCGUGUCCACCUGCAACGUUGAUUUCGCGGAAAGAUUCGCGAUCGAUGCGGCGAAGAAUGCGAUCGCGAAGGAGAAUUUGACCGGUAUUCCUGAAGGAGAGACCAUCUCCACGGAUUCAGUGGACGAUUGUGGACUUCGAUUUUUAUUGGCCAUGAAGCACUACAAUUACCUGAUUCGUUGUCUUCCACUGGUGCAGAGGGCGCAAUUUCAAAAGCAAGGCAUAUCCUCGAACAACCUCGUCUGGGCGUUUCAUUCCGAGUCCGAGGAAGAACUGUUGGGCUUGAUACCUUCUUACGCGAAGGGGCAACCGAGGUGGAGCGUUUUGAAGGAACUCGGCAUAGGUUGGUGGAUCAGAAGCAACACUGUAUUGAGAAAAUGCGUAGAGAAGAUCGCGAAAGCGGCUUAUCAACACAAGGAAGACCCUCUCGAUGCUGCCCUCUAUUACUUGGCCAUGAAAAGGAAGAAUCUGGUUUGGGGGCUGUUCAGAAAUAAGCGAGACGACAGGAUGACCACGUUCUUCGCGAACAAUUUCACGGAGGAUCGAUGGAGGAAAGCAGCUAUAAAGAAUGCCUUCGCUCUACUUGGCAAACAAAGGUUCGAGCAUGCUGCGGCAUUCUUUCUGCUAGCGGGUGCCCUCAAAGACGCCAUCGACGUGUGUCUGAAUAAGCUGAACGAUGUACAAUUAGCGAUGGUGAUCGCUAGACUCUACGAAGACGACACCACAUCUCCGAACCUCAGGAGAUUGCUCUACGAAGAAAUAUUAGGCUGCGACAAGGAUGGCCAAAAUCAGGAUAUGAACAAAGCACACCCGGAUCCAUUUUUACGCAGCAUGGCACUAUGGAUUCUUAAGGACCACGCAGGAUCGCUCAACACUUUGCUCCUAACUAACGUUGGAACCCUGCAUCCGCAGUAUAACGACGAAUCUGAUAAGCCCGAAGGCUCGACGGCAAAUCCAAAUGUGUUCAACUUUUACGUUUACCUUCGAACACACCCGUUAUUGAUCAGACAGUACAUCGCAUCUACUGCUCAGGAGAAGAAAAAAGGCCAUUCGGUGGUUAUAUCUGGAUUCAGUUACGGUACCGAGACGAAAUCGCAGCCUGAUAAACAACUAACUUUGGAGGAUAGUAUUACUCCUUUGGAAAGGCAGCUGUACUUCACAACGGCGCAUGCACAUUUCAAAGCAGGAUGUCCAGCUCUUGCACUCGAAGUUCUUUCCAAGCUACCGAACAAAGUGAUGGAAACGAAUUGCGAAGAUUCACCCAGUCUGUUAAAUAGCCCAAGUAAAGUGAGAACGCAAGAUUUUCAAAUAGACACCGGAAUCAUCAGUUGGGACAACAAUUCGAAGCAGAUAAACGCCGACGAAGGUAUCGUUGACUGGUCUGAACCUAUGACGCGGCAAGAGGAUGAAUUAGUAUUAAACUGGGACGACGAUGACCCAGUUGAAAACGACGACAGUCCACCCUUAAGCAUGAAACUGGAUAAGAAAGAAAACACCGAUGAUGUCAGAGAAACUCAAUCAGAGAAAAAUGAGAAAACUGCUAAAUCGUCCAGUCAGUUAGACAUUAUGGCGCAACAACUAAAAUUCGUGGCCUGUUUGAAAAUUUUAAUGGAAGAAUUGUCAACGUUGGCAACUGGUUUCGAAGUGGACGGAGGUCAACUUCGAUACCAACUUUACGUAUGGCUGGAGCGAGAGGUGGACGCUCUCAGGCAGCUUUGCAAUUACAGCAAUUUUAUCUGCUUGUUCCAAUUGGACGCGACGACCAAUUCGUUGGGUAUUUCAGAUGAAGGUGGUAUGGUGGAUGACGUGCAACCGUGCAAACCUGGUGAACAGCCGACGCUACACGAGAUAUUGAUGGCUGAAAAAUUGGAUUUCGAAGCGAAAGUGCAACGAGCUGCUAGAAGAAAAAAAUGGUUGAAAGCAAACGAAACGUUGUUGCGAACAUUAUUAUCCUACUGUUCUCUGCACGGAGCAUCCGGUGGUGGUUUGGCAUCUGUGAGAAUGGAACUUGUCCUUCUAUUGCAAGAAUUGCAACAAGAGAAGACGCAGCAACAGCUACUCAGUCCUCUUCCAUUCCCAACCACGCUACCUCUCCUAAGCGCCAGUGUGGCAUGUAACAAAACCGUUGUGGCAGAUCCAGUUAGGCACUUGCAGUCCUUAGCCCACGACAUGUUGCAGACAUUGGUGGAAUUGCGUAAUCCACCAAUGCCUACGAGAAACACGCAUUAUUGUGAGGUAUUUAUAAUGAGAGAUUUAGCGGUGGCUUUGAGCGCUUGUAUCUAUCAGUCCCUUUGCGAUUCCGACACGUUUGUAACGAAGCACCAACAACCAUACAGUUUUCCAGCAGUUGCUGAAAUAGAAACGUUCUCCGGUGGACACUUGGUAGCCUCGAAUCGACAUCAUCGAAGAUAUUCAACGGACGAUGGUGUGUGCAUUACUACGUCACCCUCUAAAUGGCCAGGCGUGACCAACUUGCGUGCGUUGUUGGCCCGUGAAAAGGACGAGGACACGCCAAAAUUGAAUAUUCUUCUUUGCGAAGCUUUCGUAGCAACUUACAUGAGCUUGUUCGUUUACGCAGUCUGGAGCUGUGAUAGUCACAUUCUAUAUAGGCUGGUGGGUCAACAUUUUGACAGUAACACUUGGUCCUGCCUCUUUGGCGGAGGAGUAAAAAAGUUGCUGCGCGUCGCAAGUACAAGCAGAGAGUCGGAUGGAGCAGUAGCAGGCUUGAUAGAUAAAGGUGGGGAAGGUGUUGGUUCGAACGAAGCGCAAAGUGCCGCAGGAGCCGUGUGGAGCACUAUGACCUCGUUAACUAAACAACGCGUCAAGUUAAAUAUGAAAUUAUUGGGCCAGUUUACCGGUCAACAGCCGAAUAUGAAGGAAGAUAAACCUACAUACAGGGAGCAAUUCGUUUCACCUCAAAUGAGCAUGAUAUCGUACUUUUUGAUGAAGGUGAAUAGCGAGUACGCGGACGAAAUUGAUUACGAUUCGUCCGACUCUGCGGUGUCGGAUUUAGAUUCCUCCGAGGACGGGGAAGAUGUAUUUGACACCAAUGCGAAACCAAAGAAUAAACCAAAGGACAAUACGGAACAUACAAAUCCAAACUCGUACAGUUGGUGCGUGAUGCGUUUAGCUAUAGUGAAGAUAUUGCAACAGCAGCUUCAGGAUUUCUUGAACGUGGCCGGAAUAGAGAUGCAAGAGUUACCUGUGAAUAGUCCUCUGAUUCACGGGACGCUAGCCGUGGUGGCAGUGUGGAAAGAAACGUUGCGAGAAGAAUUAGACAGCAGGGGUCCACCGCCGAUCAAUUAUAUCCCUGGUUGUGCACCAGAUCCAAUGCCUACACCGGGAAAACCAGCGAUUCAUAAAUACCGGUCUUUGCUCGAAAAGGCUAACACACCGUUCAACACGCGCUUGGCAUCGGCGGCACCUGCUAAUCGACUGUGGUGCUACUUGGUUCGACAAGAAUCGGUGCAGGACAUCUUUAUUCGGGCGGUAUUCGGCAAACGUAGAUCUCUGUCGUCGAUUCUGGAUAACAAUCAAACCACGAUCGAUAAUUUGAAUCGUGGUGGAACGACCGCGGAGGACAAAGGUAGCGAUAGUGGAACCACCAGUUUACCCGAACCUGUACGGAUUAUCCACAAGGAGCAGGAUAGCAUCAGUGCCUUUUGCCUUAAUCAGGUGAAUCCAGGUUUAAUGGCCCUGGCUACUCCCCGAGAAGUACAAGAAAUGAAUAUAUCACUGUUGCUCGAACUUCCAUCCUGGUUGGAAGAUGAAUGCGAAUUCGACAUCAUCAAUCUGAACAAACAGCCGGAACCGGAACCUGUACAACCAACUAGUUUCUUAGUAAUUCAGACAGCAGCAGAUCGGCCGUUACUCGCUCAGAGUCCACAGACAAAUAAUCCUCAACCUCAGUUGGGUAUCGCUAGUCAAAGUGGAAGAGGGGCAAGUGUGAUCCUGAAGCAUAAAAUCGACGGCAUAAGAAGAAUCUCGUCGCAUCCACUUCUACCGUUAUACUUGACCGGUUCUCAAGACGGCUCGGUGUCCCUUUGGGAAUGGGGACAUCAGACGGCCGUAGGGACUCCUAGGCCACCGGGUACAUUCGCGAAAGUGACUCGUGUGCGGUUCUCGCAACAUGGGAAUAAGUUCGGUGUCGCAGACUCUGAUGGCAAUCUCAGCCUAUUUCAAGUUGCCUGCAGAGAAGGAACAGCGCGACCAUUCUUCAAUUAUCAGUGUCAUAGCAAGGUGACGGCCGAUUUUGUCUUCCUUGGUGCAUGCAGUUUAAUAGCGACCGCCGGUCAUGGUUCUGAAGGACGUAACGUAGCGCUUUGGGAUACUUUGCUUCCGCAAAAUAAGUCUCUCAUUCAAGGUUUCACGUGCCAUGAGCAAGGAGCCAGCUCGUUGAUACUCGCACCUCAGCAUCAGCUAUUGAUCAGCGGAGGAAAGAAGGGUGACAUCAACAUAUUUGACGUUCGACAACGCCAGCAGCGACAUCGUUUCCAGGCUCACGAGUCAGCUAUUAAAUGUUUAGCCCUUGAUCCGCACGAAGAAUUUUUCGUUAGUGGAGCAGGAGAUGGUGAUAUUAAGGUGACCGAGGAAAUAUUUGCAAAAGUACAAAUAUGCAAUAGUAUUAUUAUCUUGAAUGAUUCCAUUUUCGAUUUUCUUGCCUCACGAUCUAGUUUCUUCAAAAACAUUGGACAAGGUGUAACGCAAUUACACGUCGAUUCUGCUGGUCGUUUAUUUUCUUGCGGUGCAGAUGGAUCUAUGAAAGUUCGUCAGCUACCAGAACGCGAUUGUGUCGUACACACUUUGUAUUAAAAUAAUCAAGAAGAAUGAUUCACACAAGUUCUGCUAACGAAAUGUUUCAUAACAAUGCUCAUUCGCCUAUCGAGCGAUUACCAAGUACUACUAAGCGUAAUUAUUCAAUAUGCGAAUGCGUACUUUCCUUGUUAUAACGCUCCUCUUCCUACAAGAGACUAUACAAGGAGAUUAUUGCAGGUGAAGAUUUAACGUUAAGGGCGUUGUUGAGUAAGUACAUUUUCCUUUUCACCUCGAAUUCGGAACAACCGUGAGUACGCGUGAGUGAGAGAUGCAGGAGGAAACAGAGUUCCCGAAUUAUUAUACCUAUGAAUGUAUUCUCAAAGUAUUAAAAGGAAGAAACGAUCGCUGAAACUAUUUUCCUUCAGAUUUUAAUCUUUCGCGUUUUCCUCCUAUCGAUUUAUCGCCGAUUUAAUUAAAUUAUAUUUUUGCUUGCUUUUACCUUAGCUCACGCCACCCGCGCUAGUUAUUCAGAUUUUAUCGAACGCAUUUGCGCGCGUCCAACUGAUUCCCAAACGUGUUUUUUUUUUUUUUAUUUUACAGUCGCGUCGUUUCGAUUCGAUUCGAUUCGAAUAGAGUAACAUGCUCUGAUUGAUUGUUGUGUUGUUCCUUUAGAGAAUGUACAUUUCUAUAUUAUGAAAGCGUGUAAAGUUAGAGAAAUCAGCCAAAACUAUUAUAGUCGAACUGUUAAUAAUGAGCAUUAAAGAUACAUACAUAUAUUACCUUGUUUUUACAUUCGCGGUCAAGUAUUGUGUAAUAAACUUUUCGUCACAAAGCGCAAUCGUGUUCGUAUUUAUUUACAUUGUGGCGAAGUACAUU